AUGGAGGGCAGCAAGGGUGAUCAGAAUGAUGCACGAGGUGGCAAGAAAAGUGUGUAUCGGUCGAAGCAUGAGCGGAAGCCCAGGCUGCUGCUUAUGGGCCUGAAGAGGAGUGGGAAGAGCUCCAUUUCUAACGUCGUCUUUCGCAAGAUGACACCGUCGGAUACCAUCUUUCUCGAUACAACAACUACUAUCCAGAAAGAAGCCACCCAUACCUUUAUGGAUUUUCAAAUCUGGGAUCUACCGGGCCAGAUCGACUAUCUUGAUCCAAGCUUUGAUGCUGAGAGUAUCUUCGGUGGUGUUGGAGCAAUGGUCUGGGUCUUGGAUGCUUUGGACAAUUACAUGGAGACUGUCAAUCGCCUUACCGAGACUGUCGUGCACCUGCAAGAGUCAUACCCUUCGAUUAAAUAUGCUGUGUUCAUACAUAAAAUCGACUCUUUGACGGAGGACUUGCGUGAAGAUACGGUUCGCGACAUCACCCAGCGAAUCACUGACGAUCUAUUCGACAGUGGCCUCGAGAACCCUCCCAUCAGCUACCACAGCACAUCGAUCUUCGAUUCCAGUAUCUUCGAAGCUUUUAGCAAAGUAAUGCAAGGGCUGGUGCCGCAGAUGCCAAUUUUGGAGUCGCUCUUGAACACCAUCACCGCGGCAUGCCGGUUCGAAAAGGUCUACAUCUUUGAUGUCAUAAGCAAGAUAUACAUCGCAUCUGAUACAAGUCCCGUCGACCUGAGAUCUUAUGAGCUUUGCUCGGACUACAUCAAUAUCAUUGUGGAUUUGUCGGAAGUCUAUGGCUGGCAUCAAGAGACAGAGUUCCAUGAGGGCGAGCAGUUAGCCGCGUUGCAGUCGCAUGGGGCAGAAUCCUAUGUCAGUAGUGUCAAAGGGUACACAUUAUAUCUUCGCGAGAUCAACAGAAAUCUUUCAUUCAUCGGCGUCUCGAAAGAUCCCAACUUUGACAAGGAGAAACCCCUCAUUGACUAUGAUGUGGGAACAUUGCGGGAGACACUGUUGGAAGUACUAGACUAUGUUUGA